UUCUUCUGCCAUACCCGCCAAUUUAAUCAAAACUAGGGUAGCAUCAAAUGCCAUCAAUAACUGUUCUAUCUAUUGUAAGCAUAUACAAAAUUCCAGUAACAAUGUUACGUUUCGUCUGCACGUUGUUGUUAAUUCCAUCUGGAAAUGCUGACAUUCGGGCCCUUACUCAAAUAGUCGAUGUACCGCACACUACGCCCGCUCCCGAGACGAAAGACGUAGCAAACAAUAUUCCUGGAACGACGACGGAGUUUUGCAAUGCCACUGCAAAGAUAAACAAGCCAGCGGUCUUUGAUAACUGGCUCGUAGAAACAACCCACAGCAUCUCCAAUUCCAGCUACCUGAACUAUACUAUAAAUGCUGUGGAGAUUGAGGACAAUCCAGAAUGGUUAGGAUAUUACUAUUCCAAUUCAGCCGUCGGGGGCGUUCGGUUUUACAUGAACAUCACGGAGAAGUCGGAUUUCUACUUGAAUUCUUUGAUCAAGACUAGAAGGGGCUUACAGAUACCCGAUUUUGUCGGCGUACACCAGGUCGCUUUGCAGCCACAUAACGCUUCCGUCAAACAGCUAGAAGAUGCGCUAUCGGCGGCAUGGUCGAAAAAUUUCGAUGGCAGCAGUUCAACAUGGAACCAGGUGCAGAUCAUUUUCAUUGACAACGGCACAGUACUCAGCACCUUGGAAGGGUUACCUCUUGUGCAAGUCGUCUAUAUCCUGCCAAUUCGUUCAAAAAUUGGCGACGUGAACACACGGAUUUACUCUGACGACAUUGCACUGAAUCAGUUGUCUCGAGCUGAUCCACCAUCCGUUGCGGAUCUCCAGGAGAAUCUGCAGAAAAUUGGAGUGUCGUUAGUCAGCGGUGCUGCCGUGUACGGCUACGCCCGGUUUACGGUAUACUUGAAGCCGGCAAACCUGAGCCAUGUAGCCGACAUGGCCACCUUGCACAGCGAAUUACUAGAAAUAGCUACGGAAGAAAUGGCCAACCGAGGUUGUGGCAGCCCGCAGAGCGGUGAUUUGGAUAUUCAGUUUGGUACCACUAGCCCGUGGAUCAUGACGUCGCGAGCAAAUGGUUCCUUUUCAUACUUCACGGUCACAGUAAUCCCUUCCGCGGUGCUUGUGCACAACAACAUCUACCUGGGCGAGAUGCCGUAUCUUCCGCUCCAUCACAAGUAUGGAAAGCAGUUCUUUGACUCACAACCCAUGGGUUCACCAUUUGUCAAUGGAACCGUGCCAUGGCCGGUUGACAAAACUUAUUCAUUUCGAAUGUAUGUUAACAUGCCGCAGUCGAACCAGAACAAUCCUAUAAGAUACAGUUGUUAACGCGGCUGGAGGAGCAGAUGACUGAGCGGCUGCAGAAAUCUUUGAAUGAUAACGAUGUUUCCCUAAAGAUAGCCGUUACUCUUUGGAACCCGGAGCUGGUUGGAAACGCUAUCAACUUCUUCGUAUCAGUUUAUGAUUCCGACGGGUUUACCAUUGUUAACGCAGAUCCGAGUUUAUCCUACGCUGAAACCAUUUACGACAGACUGCAGGGUCUUACAGUGGAGAUGCCGGUGCCAAGCCUAAAUGCCAAUCUAACUUACAUACUGCAAAAAUAUCCUUCUGGGAAGUACAGAGAACCGCUGACUGACAGUCAAGUUGAGCAGCGGUAUCAGUCUGCCAAACAAAGCAUCAUAAAGGGAUGUAAAGCAGGACGUAAUCCCUUUGAGCUGUGUCCCGUAAACGAGACGUUCACCUUGUACGUACAGUCUCUGCCAACACAGCGAGCACCUGGCAUGUACGACUCCAGACCUACUGCUACUUAUGUGAAUUCUUCGCUAGUCCUUCAUGCGGUGGAACAAGCAUUUGCCCAAGCGAACCCGGUAACGAUUGACGAUGUCACACUAACGCUUACGUUAGCGGAACGCGAGGAUCUGAAGACUGUUGAAGGGAACGAUGCGGCCAAAUUCGUCUUUGCUUCCACUUAUCCGGGAAUGGACAGCCAUAAGUACUGGACUUUAUGGAGAUACCCGUCGGGCGACGUCCUCAGUAGAUUUCUUAAUGAAACAGCAACGGCUCGACUGACGACAUCUUGGACGUUUAAGGCUUAUUGAUUCGCGAACUAUCUGUACUCGUACUCAAGACGCUCUGCUGUGACUUCAUUAAAAUACCGGUAUAUUAGACACCGGUGCAGGCGAUGCUUAUCCAGUAAUGACAUUCGCUAUUCGUAUUGACGCUAUCUAAAAUUUUAGGGUCUACAACUUCUAAUUGAGAGUUACGGAUUGUAGAGCACGUAAUCAUGCUUUCUUAUCCUCAUUGUGGCUGAAGUAAAUUGGCUUCAUAACGUUUAAAUGGAAUUCGACAAGUCAACCAAAAAUGUGAUACCAACAACUCUGGUUUAU